AGUUGAGUUAUGUAUCAUUUUUGUUUUAAGGGAGUUACUUAAGUAUGUUACAGAAUUUGGACCCAAAAAAGUCAUUUUCGAUCAGUAGAAAAAAGUAUCCAAAACUAAUCGAUCAACGCCGCUGGGAUGUCCAACUUUUUCUCCAAGGCGGAGGUGACAAGCAGCGGCCGCCCUGUCCUCCCCCGCAACGAAGUCGAAUGCCACCUUCUCUCCGCCGUCGACCUCGAACCUGAAGACCACCGUCACUUCUCGCUCUUAAAAUCGGGUCUCCUCAUCCUCACCACCCACCGCCUCAUCUGGCUACCUUCUUCUUCCGCCUCCACCCCUACUUCCGCCUCAGCCAUCCCUCUUGCUGCCAUUUCCCACAUCUUCUCUUCCAAAAAAUCUCUCAAGUCCGUCUUCCACUCCCCUAGGAUCCGCUUCCAAGUCCUCGUCUCGUCCGAUGGUCGGGUCUUCGAUCCAGGUUCCGGGUCUGGUUCCAGUUCAGGUUCGGGCUCGAGAUCAGUCGUAGUAACGGCAGUGAUUAGAGGGAAGGGGGACUGUGAUGGGUUUUUGGUGAAGUUUUGGGACAGUUGGCGGGCGAGAGCUUGGGAGACUACUGAGAUUUCAGGUUCCGGCUCAGCUUCGGCUUCGGGUUCAGGGGCAGCCACAGGAACCGGUGGAGGGUUGUACUCGAGUGAUGGGUCGGUGAGGAUGGUUGGGGUGGCGGGUAUUUUAAGGAAGGAGCAAGAAAUGUGGGAGAGUACUGAUAAGAGUUUGCAGGAUGCUUUUCAGGACUUAAAUGCUCUCAUGAGUAAAGCUAAAGAGAUGGUGAUGCUAGCAGAAAAAAUGAGACAAAAGCUUUUGUUCGGAACGAGUUCUCAAACAAGUGGAACAAAUGAUGAGGAUAUGGGUUCAAAGGAAGAGAUGCAAGAUUGGUUGUUGAGUGUUGGCAUAAUAUCCCCAGUCACUAAAGAGUCUGCAGGUGCCCUGUACCAUCAACAAUUGUCCCGUCAGCUGGCAGAUUUUGUGAGAAUUCCACUGGAGAGAGCAGGUGGAAUGAUCAACCUUAUAGAUGCCUAUUGUCUCUUCAAUCGUGCUCGUGGCACAGAAUUGAUCUCUCCAGAUGAUAUGUUGCAAGCGUGUUCUUUGUGGGAGAAAUUUGAUGUUCCAGUGAUGCUUAGGAAGUUUGAUAGCGGAGUUAUGGUGAUCCAAAACAAGUCCCACAGUGAUGAGGAGGUUUUUGCUAGAAUCAAAAGCCUUGUGACUAAGCCUGAAGCGCUUCGAACUGGCAUAAGUCCAACUGAUGCUGCAAUGACAUUAGGGAUUGCUCCAGCCAUGGCCAAGGAGCAUCUUCUAACUGCAGAGAGCAAAGGUUUGCUAUGCAGGGAUAUAAGCCCCGAUGGCUUUCGGUUUUAUAUUAACCUGUUUCCUGAAAUCGACCCAUGUAAUAUGUAUUUUGUGAAGGAUUAUGGGAUCUGCAGUACUUGGAUCAAAGCAGUUUCUACUACCGGUUGAGAUAAAUGCAUAUGGCUUUAGAUUUACAGAAUCAUGAUCUCAUACCACUCCCGUGUGAUCUAUUAUGAUAAUGGCAACAGCAACAUGAAGGAAACCUGUAAGGGUCGGAAUUUGAACUUUUUGAUUGUUUAAUUGUUGAAUUGUAACAAAAGGGUAAACUGAUUGGUCCUUCAAUUAAAGAUUGCAAUACGGAUAAUAUAUACAGAGUUCAUUGGGUGUAGAGAGAUAUCGAUAAUAUAUGCAUGUUUUUACACGUUUAUGUAAUAAUCUUGUCAAGGUAUUCAAUUGAGUUAUAUUUCUAUAGUUUCAGUCUGUUUUAAGAUAAAAA